UUUCUCUAAACCAGUAUGGCCGACAAUGAAAGGCCGAACGACCAAGAGGCGGUUACUGAAUUGAAAAACGACCUACAAAAAGUUUCUGUAGAGGAAAAGGACACAGCCGAGACAGAAGAAACAUCAGAGCGAAAAAUAACUCAAACAGACCAUCUAAAUAAACGUCUUCUUUCCGCUUUUCUGGACCGCAUUAACGUCAAUCCUCAGCAUUUCGAAAACGAGGAAAACGGCUCGGAUACAGGUCCAGAUGAAGAUGAUAAAGUAGACUUUCAAGAAAGUAAAUAGCAUGAUGCAUAUUAAUUGAAAGAACAUAGUUUUGUGAGAAAUAAUCGGCCUAUUUAUCAGUGUAUGAAGCAGCAGUCUAGCCUACAUGUACUUUUACAUCUGUUGCGCAUCUUGGAGAACACGUGCACGAUGUCUGGAGACCAUAUUAGAAAAUUGAUUGUAGGAAUAUCCGGAGCUACAAAUAGCGGUAAAUCAACUUUGGUUGGACAACUUUUAUCUGCUUUGCCAAACUGCUCCGCUAUCCAUCAGGAUGAUUACUAUUUGGAACCAGGGGAUAAAAGACUGACAUGGAUUCCAGAACUGAAUCAUGAAAAUUGGGAUGAAAUGAAAGCCAUGGAGAUGGAUAAACUUGUUAGAAAUAUUCAGCAGUGGGCCAGACCCAAAGAGACCCAUUCUCCAGGCGAUCACAGCAUCCCCAUCCUUUUAGUAGACGGUUUUCUUCUUUACAACUACAAACCUCUUAAUGAAGUGUUUGACAAAAGAUAUUUUCUGGAGGUUAACAGAACUGUCUGUUGGAGAAGAAGAAGGGAUAGAGAUUAUGAUCCUCCGGAUGUACCUGGCUAUUUCGAUCAGAUUGUAUGGCCGGCCUACUUGAAUAACUUGGAAGGAAUUAAGGACCAGACUGAUAUUACAUUCCUUGAUGGAACAAGGCAGAAGGAAGAACUCUUUCAAACUGUUUUAAAAGAUAUUUUGUCAAUGAUGUCAUCUUAUUAAGAGGUUACAGCAGUCAUGAGGCUGGUAUCAUAUGUAUGCAUAGACGCAAUCAUGAUUUACAAUUACGAUAGCUGUACAUGUAUUCAUGAACCCAAUUGUGAUGUACAAUUACGAUGGCUGUAUAUGUAUCCAUAAACGCAAUCACGAUUUACAAAUACGAUGGCUGUAUAUGUAUGCAUGAACGCAAUCACGAUUUACAAAUACGAUGGCUGUAUAUGUAUGCAUGAACGCAAUCAUGAUUGGCAAUUACGAUGGCUGUAUAUGUAUGCAUAAACGCAAUCAUGAUUUACAUUUACGAUGGCUGCUGAGUAACAAGUGUAACAUAAUGCAGCUUUCUCGCUACAAUCAGGAAUAAAAGUAUUUUUGUAUAUAUA